CCGAGGUCCACGAGUAUUAUAACGAGAUACCCGGCAAAGAGCCGCCCCCGGGUGGGCUACUCGAUAUGCGGGUCGGACCGAAAGCACCGCAGCAGCCCCCCAGUGGCAGCCAGGCAGAAGAAGACGAUCUGCGAAGACCGGGAUGCCCGGAGCACUUGAACGUGUAUGAAAAUUGCUCUCUCACGCACAUGCAACUUCCAUCUGCAGAUUUGGAGAAGGGCGUUCCCGUGCUCCUGCCGGACAGUAAGGAGGCGGCGUACAGCACACUGGGGGAGGAGGGUGGCCCCGUGCCGGGCGGGCCUGCACAGGCCCUGGAGCCGCUCCAGCUGGAGGUGUGGUACCACGGCAGCCUGAGCCGGCGGGAGGCUGAGAGCCUGCUGAAGCACAGCGGGGACUUCCUGGUGCGGGAGAGCACUUCCUCCCCCGGCCAGUACGUCCUGAGCGGCCUGGAGGGGGGCGCUGCCAAACACCUGCUGCUGGUGGACCCGCAGGGAAUGGUGAGGACAAAGGACCACAUAUUCGACAGUGUGGGACACCUGAUUCGCUAUCACAUGGACAAUCAGAGACCAAUCGUCUCUUGUGGGAGUGAGCUGUGCCUGAAACAGCCGGUCAUUCAUUAGUGGUCAUUCAAAAACAGUGACAGUGUUCAGACUGGAUAUUAAACAGUGGACUUAAUCAUUCUAUCUUUGAUCGAGCGUUCUGGCACAUUCUACCAAAAGGACAAAGUGUUCAGACUGUAACUUGCAUGGUCAGACUUUUUAUCACAGUCAUACAUAGAUAUUCUACUUUUUUUGGCAGUUGUAUUUUUACCAUUGUAAUUUUGGGUUGGAAGUAAAAAAAGAGUACUUGCAUUUGACAAAAGAAAAAGAAGAAUAGCAGGUGACAUGUGGCGUGCAUUCUGUGUUUAUGCCUCAAAGCACAAAGCUGUAGAGCAAGUGGCUGGCUGAUUGACUUUAGUCUCUGUGUUGGUGAAAAUGGUUAUUUUUCUGCUCCUGAAAAUGUGCCUUGAUGCAGUAUUCAGCUUCAGGGGCAGGUUUGCCAGGUUUGUACAGAUUGUACAAUAUAGUGUAUAUCACUGAAUAGUGUAUAUUCAGUCCUGGUCCUGGAGAGCAGCAGGGUCUGCUGGUUUUUGUUUUCGCCUUAAUAUCAGCAACUAAUUCAGACCCAAGAAACAAGGCGAGGUGAGUUAACUGUGCAAUUAAGUGUUUUAAUAGACCAGUUGUGUGUAGAGUUACACCCUGCACCUCUCCAGGACCAGGAGUGAGGACCACUGUUGUAUAGCAUCUGACACACCGCAAGGCUUAGCCCAUGAUAGACAGCCAAUGUAUAAGAUAGUUUAAUAAAUAACAUUAAUUUGAGGACACUUUAACAAUUACAAUAUAUUUUUUAUAUUUAUAAUAGAAGCUUUGGUCUGAGUACUAUGUCAAAUUUAUCCACCAUAUACUGUACAUCUCUGUUUGUCAUUAGCAGUAAGCUAAUAUAGAGUUCUAAAAUAUGCAAGGUCUAUUGGAAAUGUAUACAAAUGUUUAUUUUUGAAAAUCAUUAUAAUAGUAGAAGCAUAUCUAGCACAAUGCUGGAUAGUGGUAUUGCUUAUUGAUUUUAUUUUCAUACACACAGAACCUGUGGACCAAGGCAUUGCUCUGUGCAUGUGUGCAGAUGAAAUAAAAUUAACUGACGCCAGUGCAAGUCCAGUAUGGGUACUUUUUCUUCUAAUGCAGUUUAUUUUCAUUCCUCGUGCACUUGUCAGAAAGACUGUAUGUGCAUGCGAUAAUUUUUUAUAUUAUUUUUGAAAAUAAAAGUGACACGCCCUUCCUUCUUGGAGAAUGCAUGAGAAGUUAAUAAGUUUAAAAAAUGUUUAAAUAUAUAUUUCCUUUUUAACAGUGAUAUAGAUUGCACACAAUUUUGUAUAUGUUUCUUGAUUCUUUCUUGUGUUAUCCUAAAUAUGUGAAUAUUAAAUAAUUUAAUCACUCGGUA